CGGCAGCACUGAUUGCGGCAAAAUGUUCUAAAUUUUUCAAUCAAAUUCUCCAAUUUCUUGAAAUCAAAAAGCUUGAUGUGCAUGGUAAGGUGCAAUGAUGGAUGAUGCGACGCUAGCUACCAUCAAUGUUGACCAGCUACAUCAAGCCGUCAAUAAUCUCAUAUCAGUCAGUCGGCAGCAGCCAGCAUGCACGUCUGUACCGCCAGUGUCGACUGCAGGAACUGCGCUGCCAACUCUACCACAAGGUAUGACAGUGGCAUCUUUGUCUCAGUUACCAACCAUCAAUCUAAGUCAACUCGGAAAUCUUCCACAGUUUGUCAAUCUGCUCCCGGUCUCGGAUCAAAAGCAAGGGGUAGUGCAAACUCAGGCCAUCACCAACGCUGGCAAUAUCACUAUAGCAACGACGAAUCAAACUCAGGGUAUGACAGAUAGUCAACAACUUCAGCAGCAGCUCGCAGCUCUGGGUAUCCCUGUCUCCCGCAUAAUUCAGACCAAAGAUAUUCAGCAGCUGCUAGUGCAAAAACAACAGCCAAACACUGAGCAGACACAACAGCCAUCUGUUCAGAUCCAGCAACAGGGACAAACGUUCAUCCAGCAGUUGGGACAAAUCCUUCAACCAUCAGGGCAAGCGGUCAUUCAACAGCUUGGCCAAGUUGGCAUCCAACAACCAGGUCAAACAGUCCUCCAGCAGCUAGGCAGAGUGGGCAUUCAACAACCAGGGCAGUCAGUCAUCCAACAGCUAGGCCAAGUGGGCAUUCAACAACAGGGACAAAGUGUCCUUCAACAGCAGGGUCAAACCACCCUCCAGCAGCGGGGACAUACACUACUCCAACAGCCUAGCCAAGCACUCCAACAAACGGGGCAAGUCUGCAUCCAGCAGCAGUGUCAAGUAGGCAUCCAACAGCCUAGUCAAGUCGGCAUCCAGCCGACAGAGCAAAUAGGAGUUCAACAGCCGGGACAAGUGGGCAUCCAGCAGCCAGGACAGACAGUCAUUCAGGCAGCUGAUGUUUCAGUUCUCACUGCAAGAUCAUUACUUGAACAGGCUCUACAACAAUAUGGAAAUGUCACCAACAAUCACAAUGAAGCUGUUACUGGGCCUGUUUUGGAUAAUACUGGCAACACCAUCUACCAUGUCCUGUCAAGUAUGGGCCUACAGUUACAGCCACCAGCCCCAGCUUUGCAGUCAGCGCCCCCUGUAUUGGUUCUGCCGUCGUCAACAGCUGCUAGUACCACCCAGACACACACGACUUGUAAUUCUGCAGCAGUUACUAGUACCAGUUCAGUUCAUGGGACAGCUGUCAGUGCGGUAGUUGUUCCAAGUACCAGCUCAGAAUGUGGGGUAUCUCUUCAAGAUAUUCUGCCAGAGGGUGCUGUUGUCCAGGACAUCGUCAUAAGUGAAGAAGUGGAUGGACAGGAUAAAGAAAACCUUAGUCACGAUCAGUCGAGUCAUGAUGCCCCAAAUGGUCUCCCGUCUCUAUCUAUGCUUGAGAUGAUCCUUAAAUCUAGUGAAACCAACGGCACAGCUGACAUUAUCUCCACAGUCAAAAAAGAAGUCAAGAUAGAAGGAAUAUAUUGUGUUGACUGCAAUGUGAAGUAUAUCGAUGCCUGCCCACGCCAUGGUAAAGACUACCAAAUCAUUAACGACUCACCGAUAUUAAGUAAAGCAAGGAUGAGUGUUCCCCAUCAACUUAAUCUGAAACCAUCUUUAGUAAAUGAUUGCACCACAGGUGUAUUUGCGAGGGAGGUUCUCAAAGCAAGGAUCAGGUUCGGCCCCAUGGAGGGAGCAUGCGUAGAUGCUACAGGUGAAGAAGACAAGACAGACUUAUCUCUUUGGAGGAUCUUUGUCGAAGACCGAUGUACCAAAAUCAUGAAUGGCUAUGAUGAGGCUGUGUCAAACUGGAUGCCAUUCGUUCAGCAAGCUCGCAAUAGUACGGAGCAGAAUCUCGUCGCUUAUCAACAGAACCAACAGAUAUUUUUUGUGACAUCUAAAGCGAUUGAGGCAGGGUCAGAGCUUUUGUUGUGGUAUGCACGGGAUUAUGCUGGGUUGAUCGAUGUCACUCCUAAUGUAGACGAUAUGUCCAAGUGUAAAAUCUGUCGCAAACAAUUCCCGAGCAUGGCAGAUAUGAGACAACAUCAGAAAUACAGCCACCCAGACAUGUCUGCCCGCAAGUGGAAAUGUCAGUGGUGUGAAAAAGCCUUCCAGACGUCGGGGAAACUGCAGAUCCAUCUGCUGAGCCACAUGGGAGUGAAGCCUCACAAAUGCCAAUACUGUGAUAAACAGUUUACAGAUGUCAGUAACCUCAGGGUGCACAUCUUACUACAUACAGGAGAGAAAAAGCACGCUUGCCCAGUCCCAGAGUGCAAUCGUGCAUUCACCCAGAAGUCUCAUCUGCAGUCGCAUAUGAUCUGCCACACGAAGGAGAAGAACUAUUCUUGUUCGUAUUGCGAAGCUCAAUUUGGUCGACGGUCAGAUCUCAAAGCCCAUGAAUACAGGCACACAAGGGAAAGACUCUUUACUUGUAUUCAGUGCAACAAGGCAUUCUUUUCUGCGAAUAGUUACAAGAGACAUCUGAAAAGUCAUACCGGGCAACGGGAUUAUGCCUGUGAACAAUGCACCAAGGCGUUUGUUACCAAAUACCAUCUCGUGCGACAUAAGAAAACGUGUAAGGGGCCUGUGGCUGUGGUAGAUGCUGAGGUGAUACCGCCUCCCAAGAAGCGACGGAAGAGGGUGAGGAUUUCUGAUAUCAGCUGAAACGUGGAUUGUGAUAUGUGAAGCACUGGUGGUGCCUCUUUUAUUUUUGCAAUUUGAGAAAAUUUAUGAACAAAAUACAGAUUUCAUGAUUUUUGUUGGUGGCUGUAUUGUAUUUGUAUGAUAUUGACAUGGAUUAUCAGUCUUCUUUCUAAGGGUCAUCAUGCUUAUACUGUACCAUAACACCGUACAGAAGCACCACAAGGGGAGGAUCAAAAUGUGUGGCCCAUUGUAUACAAUCACUAUUUCUUACAAAUGAUUCUGUCUACAGCUGUUGUACAUGUAGAAUUCUCAGGCGCACGUUUUACACAGCAGUCUAUGUGACCUUGAAUGUAUUCAUGUUUUGU